AUGAGUGGGCAUAUUCUCUAUUCAGGGCUAGAUUUAACUAAAGAACUCUACCAAGAGCCAACACCACCUUCUGGUCCUGCUCCUUCAACAGCAAGUGGACAAUACUCUGGGGCAGCCAUUUCCUGGGACUGCAGAAGCGUAUUGCCAUCAGACACUUUUGACAACGGGAACCCGAUUUAUGUGCACUUUACCGGGAGUCCUGUGCGGCGGUCACACUUGAGUCGGUGCAAUGAUGGACAGGACUUUGGAACCAAGUCGACUGAGAUUGUUGGUGCACAAGAAGGUUCUCGGCGACGACGGUUGCCAUUAAAGAGUCUGCAACGCAAGUGCGAGGUAUCUGAAGAUAUGAUUGCUAGCUGGAUAUAUUUGAUUGCAGGAGGGUUUGUUUCAUGUCUUGUGUGCUGGGUAUUACGAGGAAAUGUGCCAUUGGGAGAUAAGGGGUUCAGUCAGGUGGUUAUACCUUUAGUGCCAGUUGAGUGUACAUACACUGCGAAAGAUUCAUUGCGCCUAACUAAUUUAAAAGAUUUCUUUUACGAGUCACAAUUUUUUACGGAAGUAAAUUCGAGUUCAAUUUUGACAAAUGGUAAUAUUGGGUUUCGUCGAAAUUUAAAUGUAGAUGCAACAGCAUUGGGGGCCAAGAAAGUGGGAUAUGGCAACCAGAGCUAUUAUUCACACAAGUAUCCAUCAGUUGUGAUGCUGGAUCCUCGACGACAUGUGAAAUUUCGGCCUCUCAAGCGAAAAGACCCAGUUUUGUGUGAUUAUUAUCAUGUUGCGGAAGAGAUGACACGGGGGUUAAUGCAGCCAGAGCCCUUUCAUAGUGAUCAUCCUGUUGUGAAGAAAUAUCUAGGGUCGCGGUCCAUGUAUACCUUGAGAAAUUUGAUUACGAAAGAAACGUAUUUUUGGGAAUUUAAGCGGUUGCCAAAGUGGGUACAGAUGAUAGCGAUGAAUCGAUCAGAUAAUCGAGUCAAGACAGAUCUGUUUGGAAAUAUUUAUGUGAAAGGAACGAAAGUUGUUAACAUGGUUCUUUGGAGUGUUAAGUUUAGAUAUUAA